GAGAGCACGCUAAAACUUAGAGCCUUAGCAAUUCGGAGCCCUAUCGACACGGCAAACAUGGCUGUCUCCAAAAUGGUCCUGCUUUUGGCCGUAGUGCUGGUCGUCACCCUUUGCAUAACCUCCACUACCGGACAGCGAGGGGUUGGUGGCAACUUCAGACCUGGAGGAGGUGGUGGUGGCAACUUCAGACCUGGAGGAGGUGGUGGUGGCAACUUCAGACCUGGGGGAGGGGGAGGUGGUUCCUACCGACCUGGAGGAGGAGGUGGUCCUUUCCGACCGGGAGGAGGAGGUGGAGGUCGUCCCUUCCGACCUGGAGGAGGAGGUGGUGGUCCCUUCCGGCCUGGAGGAGGAGGAGGAGGUCGUCCACACGGGAUUGGAUAACCUUUAUAAGAAGCAUCCUUGAAGGAGCCGCGCUUUUUCAAGAAAACACCAGGAUCAAAAGACUCAUUAUGUAUGUUUUAUGUCUCUGAAUUUGAGAGAUAUAAUCAUCUGUUUUCAGCCCUCGCCUGUGUUGUUUACUGCAUUCAUAAACGGGAUAUAACAAUAAAUGCAGAAAUAAAAACAUGGAAUUUCGCUCUG